UGAAUUCCUGUUCAAAAUGGCGACUGCUGUUGGGAGGGUAGACGAAUUUGUAAAAGAUUAUUUAAUAUAUAGAGGCUUGUCGACUACUCUCAAAACACUUGAGAUUGAAUUGAGAAAUGAAAAGGAAAAAGGAUUCAGGGUAGAUAAGAUAGUGGAGCAGCUACAGAAUUAUGUCUCAAGUUAUGACUUGCCAAACCUGAGGGAUUAUUGGAACUUCCUAAACAGCCGAUUAUUUGCUCGCCUAGAGCAGAGGUAUAUGAGCAGUGUACGGAAGUUGGAGGUGGGAUUACUAAAAUACUACCUUGUAAAUGCGUCGCAAAACAACAAACAGGAUAAAAUACUAGAGUUCUUCGAUAGGAUGACAGAAAUUUUACAAUCACAGGUGGAAUUUAAGGAAUGGUUUGCUUUUCCAUUUGUAAGGAAUCCACGGGAGAACAGUCAUUUUACAAUGUAUUUUACAGUGCAAUGGCAGGAGACAUUCUUCCUUUCACUUCACAACUUUCUAAGUGUGAUUCUGCAAGCUAUGCCAGGUCCAGUAUUGCUUAGUUUUGAAGCUGAAUAUAGACAGAUUAGAGACCUGCAGGAUGAAAAUGACAAACUGAAAGUACAGAUAAAGUCAUUAGGGGAGAAACCAGACUUGACAUCAAAGAUGACAAAUCGAGAAAGUUACUUGAGUGACCGCAGUCACAUGGAUCUGGUAUAUGACUUCUCAUCUCUCGGAGAAGAUACAGCUAUUCCUGAGACAACAACCAAAUCCCCGAAGAAGUUCCCUUUUACAUCAUCCCCACUCAAUCUUGGCAAGAAGAAUGAAAAGUCUUCACCAGUCCAGAAGAAAAAAGAUGACCCAAUCAAAAUGUCCAUGAUGGGUAACAAAGAUUCUAAAUCUAGCAAAGGAACUAAGCUCUUGCCAGUUAUCACAAGGCAAAGGAAACCACCAGUGAAAGGAAAUAAGGUACAGAGCCUGGAACCAGGAGCAGUUAGUCAUGUGACAGAUACUUCAGCCAAUCACAAUACAGUAGAAAUGUCACCAGCCAAUCAGAAGAUGAAGAAGAUUGAAGAUGCAAAACAGAAGAGGAAGGAACUCUUUGAAGCGAGCACAAAGGUGAAAGAAGAAAAGAAGCCACCAGAAGUAAAACAAGACAUCAGUACCGGAUAUAACCGGUCAUUAUCUGAAUCUGGUGUGGAUACGUUGACAUCGAAAUAUUCACCGAGGGGGACUAGAAGAACUGUAAGCAAGAGUGUUCUAGAAACAAAGUCAAGUAUGUAUUCUGGCACAUCUGGUACCAGUGAUUCCAUGGAGACCGUAUCUCCCUUAGCAACAGCUACCUUAGCAACAAUGUUGGGAACCGGUGGGCCCAGCAAGGCAGAGGAGAUGCAAACAUUUCCACUCACAUCCUCUGUUACUGAGCCGGAACAACCUGCCACAUCCAACACAGAGACAAAAACAUUAGAAACAAUUCAUGAGAAACCUUUUCUGUUGUUAAGUCAGGAUGAGUAUUCAGAGCAUAGGGCCUCCAUAUCAUAUGCCAGAUUUAGUAACAGUGGUCAGUAUGUGGCAAGUGUGGAUGUUGAUGGCGUAGUCAAGGUAUGGUCAUGGAGUCCCAAGGCAGUUACAGCAGCUACAGUGAUGUCUAAAUCAGCAUUCCUGUCACUAGAGUGGGCUAGCAAGUCUGACAGAUGGUUAUUGCUGGGCAACAAAUCUGGGAACAUACGCUUGUUUGAUGUGAAGGAAAUGAAAUCAUUUUAUGAAGCAACGGCUGAUGCUAGCUAUCCAAGAAUAGUGACAUUGUGUUCUAACCCAGCAUCUCCGAUGUUUGUAUGUUCAGCAACUUCUGGACAUCCAAGAUCGUCCUCUUUCAGCUCUGAUAUAGGGCCAAGUCAUGAUUCCAGGGCUGGUAAACUUACUGUAUGGGAUCUUAAAACAAUGAAAACUGAUAAAACACUUCCACUUGAACCGGGAUCAGCAUGUAUAAACAGUUGUUCGUUCAACCAUAAUGGUCAGUUACUUAUAACAGGAGGAGCCGACGGGAUGAUCAGACUUUUUGAUGUAAGCCAGGAGAAAUGUAUAUCACAGUGGCAGGCUCAUCACAGUGACAUUAGGAACAUUCAGUACUCGGCUGACUAUAACUCCUGUUACAGUCUUGGUAAUGACGGAAAGAUGAGUGAAUGGAGUAUGCACAAGACAGGUUUAAAACUGCGGGAUUUACCACUCCACCAGGGGGCAGUACCAAACUUCUCCCAGCUUGAGUCUGGUAACACAAAGGAAGUCCCUGUUGGUAAACUGUUGGCGUUGGAUUCUGACGGACAUUAUUUAAUGAGCUGCAAUGAUACAAGUGCUGAAAUAUAUAGGCUAAUCAAGGAGGAUCCAGGACUAUUGUACAUGAUGGAUUUGAGAGGUCAUAGGUCAUCCUUGAUAACAACGGUAGACUGGUCACCUAAUAUUGACACAAAAAUUUGUUUGACUGGUUACCUAGAUGGGAAAAUUAUAGUUUCAACACUGUUGUCACAGUGACAUGUUAAAUAAAAGACAAAGAUGAAAAUGCCAAUCUUUGUAUAGACAUAUUUUGAACUAAGUUAAUUGGAGACGAUUAACUUACUCAGCAGUUGCGAAAAAUAUAUAGACAUAUACAUGUUCAUCAGAUAUAUUUAUUGUAUAAAGAUAAUUUGUAUCAAGUGUUAUAGUUACAUUGUUACAUAAAGAAUGUUGAUAUUCUCUUUGAAUUGUUUUACUUCAUUUCAACAAGAUUACAUUUUAGUCAUUUAUGUACUUAAGUUGAAGCAGAUACAGGUACAUGUAGUUUGAAAAAGAUAAUCUUAAUACACUUACAUGUACAUCAGUUUUCAAGAAUAAAAAAGUUUAUUUUUGGUUAUAUAUUUUUCUUUGACACACUAUUAACAUAAUUUUUGUUAGUUUGCAGUAUAUGAUAUCUACCAUUCAUUGCAGGAAUUUUUACUUG